AUGUUCAAGUCCCUCCUCGCCACGGGACUGUUGGCUGCUGCCGCCACGGCCCAGCAGACCACUGCCUACACCGACACUGCCACCGAGAUCAAGUUCCAGCGCUACACCGAAACGACCGGCUUCUCCUUCGGAGUUGCCCUUCCCUCAACCGUCGGCAAGGACUUCAUCGGUCAGAUCACCGCUCCCAUCACCGCCGGAUAUGCUGCUGUCUCGCUCGGCGGUCCCAUGACCAACAAGCUCCUGGUCGUCGCCUGGCCCAACGGAAAGUCCGUCCAGACCUCGCUCCGCAAGGCCUCCGGAUACACCAACCCCGAGGUUGUCACCGACUCCAGCAUCACCCUGAAGCCCAUCGAGUCCGGUAUCUCCGUCAACGAGACCGCCUUCACUUACACCUUCUUGUGCGAGGGCUGCAUCACUGGCGACACCACCUCUUUCACCGGCACCGCCGACACCACCACCUUCGGCUGGGCUUACAGCACCACUGCUCUCACCGACACCACCAGCUCCUCCGUUGCCCUGAACUACCACGGCGCCGGCUUCGGUCUCUUCGGUGCCAACCUCGCGGACGCCAAGUCUGCCGACUACGACACCUGGGCCGCCAAGGCCUCCGACGCUGUCACCUCCCCCGGCACCGGCGGCAACGGAACCACUCCUGCCGCCCCGGCCAACAUCACCACCACUAUCUCCAACGCUACCUACGACUACAUCGUUGCCGGCGGUGGUGCUGCUGGUCUGAUCGUUGCCGAGCGUCUCGCUGAGUCUGGAAAGAGCGUCCUCCUCCUCGAGCGUGGUGGCGUCUCUCUUGCUUCCACCGGAGGCAAGGCCACCGUCGACUGGAACAGCACCGUCACCCAGUACGAUGUCCCUGCCAUGGGCUACUACCUCUCGUCCGCCAAGGAGACCAGCGAGUAUUGCACCGACACUGCCAGCAUGGCUGGCUGCAUUCUCGGCGGCUCUACCAUGGUCAACGCCAUGAUGUGGGUUAAGCCCCCUGCCCACGACUUCGACGACAAGUGGCCCACCGGCUGGAAGUGGUCCGAGGUCGAAUCGUCUGCCAACAAGCUCUACGAGCGCACCCCCGGCACCAUCCUCCCCAGCAAGGACGGCAAGCGCUACGACCAGGGCGCUUACGACGUCAUGUCCCAGUGGCUCGCUGGCAACGGAUUCUCCGAGGUUGAUGCUCUGGCCGAGCCUGACAAGAAGGAGGCUGUCUUCACCCACCCUCCCUGGUUGAUUGAGGACGGUCUGCGUGGUGGACCCGUCAGGGACUACCUCCCCCUGGCCCAGGCUCUCCCCAACUUCAAGCUCCAGCUCAACGCCAAGGUCGUCCGCGCUGUCCGCAACGGCACCCACAUCUCCGCCGUCGAGAUCGAGACCGGCACCAACUCCCGCCAGAUCAUCAACCUGAACGCCGGUGGUGCCGCCAUCCUCUCUGCCGGUGCUCUGUCCACCCCUCGCAUUCUGUUCAACAGCGGUAUCGGCCCCAAGGAGCAGAUCCAGACCGUCAAGAGCGGCUCUGCCCAGGUCACCCUCCCUGCCGAGGCUCUCUGGAUCGACCUCCCCGUCGGCAAGAACGUCAAGGACCACCCCAUCUUCACUGUCACUUUCAAGACCAAGUCCACCCUCAACUCUCUCGCCAGCACUGCCUUCACUGCUCCCGACCAGACCGACGUCGACAUGUUUGCCAAGGGCUCCGGCCUUCUCGCCCAGGCCGGCCAGCGUCUUAACUUCUGGACCAGCGUCGAGGGCUCCGACGGCAAGAAGCGCUACGUCCAGGGCACCGUCAACUCUCCCAGCAACAACACAAUCAAAGCCAAGGUCUACCUCACCCACGGUCUGACCUCUGUCGGUGAGCUUGGCAUCUCCGCCGACGGCUCCACCAAGUUCACCACCGAGCCCUACCUCAACACCGAUGGUGACAAGGAGGCCAUCACCUCCUUCAUGCAGCAGCUCAUCGACUACGCCGCCAAGUCCAACAGCACUCUGACCAUGUCCGGCAACGUCACCGCUGAGAGCCUGAUCUCCGAGCACACCACCGGCAGCCACUACGUCGGUACCGCCGUCAUGGGUGCCGAGAACGACGGCAACUCCGUCGUCGACACCAACACCAAGGUCUGGGGCACCGACAACCUGUACGUCGUCGACGCUUCCAUCCACCCCGACCUUCCUACCGGCAACACCCAGGCUAUUGUCAUGGUUGCCGCCGAGCACGCCGCCGCUCAGAUUCUGGGCGGUGCCACCACCGGCUCUGGAUCCGGCUCCAGCAACACUGGUUCCGGCAGCUCCGGCUCCGGCUCCGGCUCCGGCAGCAGCGGCAACACAGGCAAGGCCGGCUGCAAGCGCUCCGCCAAGCGCGCCGAGAGACAGCUCCAGCGCCUCCAGCGCUUCCGUCGCGCCCACCACAUCUAA